AUGUUGUUAUGUGUGGUGAUUAGUGGGAUGCUUGUUGAGCAAUCCAACGGCUUUAAAUUAUUUCGCCAUGGUUUCAAGAAAUGCAUGAAGAAAUGUUUAUUCUUAUGUGUCCUUCCGCCAUGGACACCGGCCUGCCCCGGUUUAUGCUUUGGAAAGUGCAUCAUUAACCCAGCUGCAAUCGGCCCGCAAAGCACCCACCAGUUUUGCACCGCUGGCUGCGCCACCUCCGAGUGCUCCGGUCUCAUCUCUGCAGACAAUUAUCAUUUGGAUGAAGUUGAAGGAUGUGUGGGUGGCUGUUCACAAUCAUGUGUGACUGGUUCUAAUUGA